AUGGCUCAAUUGAACUCACCAGAUCGAAUGAUGGCAGCUCUGCGCCAGUAUGAAAUCAAAGGAUUAAAAGAUAGCAUGGAAACAUGUGGACCAAAAAUACACGGUGAGACAGUUGAUAAUGUAGCAGGUAUCUAUGCUGGAGUCAGAGACUCCGCCCUUACUGUUCAUGGUAACCUGCAAGCCGAGAGACUGGGAAAGUACCUGGUCGACCGAGGCUUGAAAUUUGCCUACAUUUUCUCAUCGGACCUUCAACGAGCCUUCAAGACUGCUGGUGCCAUACACAAAGCCGAAGAAGCCAAGCAGCCAGAUCAAGAGCAUGGAAGGAAUGCUGUCACGCAGCUAGAAAUUCUUCGAGAGCAAGACUUCGGAUACUACGAAGGAAAACCAUUCUACGCACGCCCUCGAGACAACAAGCGGUCUGGUAAGGAAGAGCACAGGACGCAGCAUCAACAAUAUCCAGACUUCAAAGAUGUCGAAACCAAGGAGUCGAUGAGCGCAAGAAUGAACACAUUCGUUCAAGACUACCUCAUACCCGUAUUACAAACGGAAGAAGAGGAAGAAGAAUAUACUGUCGCCGUUGUGUCUCAUGGGAUUAUCUUGUCCCAUCUCUGGCGAUGUUUUCUCGGAGCUUUCGCACCGAACAGCGUCUCCCUUGCUCCAGGCCUUCCAAUGGGGAGAGAUGGCCCUACGCCCCUAGAGUACCUAGGCGGUUGGUCGAAUACUGGGUAUUUGGAACUCGAGGUUACUCGCAACGCAAAUGAUUCGAAUGUCAGCCCUGCGCAGGAGAGUUCAUCUACGCUUCUGGCUGGUCACAAGAUGAAUAUCAAAGCUGUGAAUGGAAAAGAGCAUCUUGCUGGUCUCAAGCGUACACGUGGGGUUGGUAGCUCGCAGCACGACGAGGGUCAGAAGAACAUUGACGCUUUCUUCAAGAAGCGCAAAGCGUGA